CAUAAGUCGCAUGGGUAUAUUUGGAGCAAUAGCCAACAAGACAUUGUAUGGGUCAAAAAUGAUCGAUUUUUCAUUUAUGCCAAAAAUCAUUAGGAUAUUAAGUAAAGAUCAUGUUCCAUGAAAAUAUUUUGUAAAUUUCCUACCGUUAAUAUAUCAAAAAUUUAUUUUUGAGUGGAUAUGCAUUGCUAAGGACUUCAUUUGGACAACUUUAAAGGCGAUUUUCUCUCUCUCUCUCUUUUUUUUUUUUUUUUUUUUUUGCACCCUCAGAUUCCAGAUCUAUCUAUCUAUCUAUCUAUACAUUACGGAGAUUUAACUCUUGAUAAUAUGACUGAGGAAAGGCAGUCAGAAAGCUAAUUCCAUUUAUGCACUCAAGGCACAUUCCUUACAAUGUUAUUGAAUACUAUUUGUAACACUGACCUGCAAAUGUGUAUAAUAUGCCAUGGUAUUACGCAAGUACAUACUUGGAUUGAAAUGUUAUGUACUGAGAAAAAAAAAAAAAAAAAGUAUCCAUGUUCUCGUCGUCUUUCAAACAGUCAUUUCAACCGCCUUUACCUUGAGUGAACCACUCCUACUUACGCAACGUUUUCAAAUUGAUAUACGAGAAUAUCUACUUUCGAUCACGUGUCUUAGUGCGAGCUAGUGGGAUAGCGCGUCAUCUCGCCUUCCCAAAUUUUUCUUCUGUUCGGAUCCAAAGCAUUCAAUUUGAUCCAACGGAGAACCGAAGGGAAUAAUGUUUAACUCUUUCAAUCUAGGCAACUUCUGCACCCAGUCUCGUAAACAAAGGACUUCCGAGUUUGUAGAGCGAGCGGGCUGCGCCUCAAAAGUCUACCUCCCCAGCACUUAUUACGCCCCAGAAUUUUCUGCUGUUUCUUCGUUUUUACCACAGGCCCAGUCACGGCAAAUCACUUACUCCUAUUCCACUAACUUCACGCAAGUUCCGCCAGUCAGGGAUUUAUCAUACGAGUUGAAUCCGCCGGGUAAGUGGCACCACAGAGGGAACUAUUCAUCUUGUUUUGCGGAGGAGGACAGAGAUUGCCUUUCGCCGUCAGCCACCAUGACAGAAAUGUUUAUGAAGAACGAAAAUGUCUACAGUCACCACCACUAUCACCACCACCCGGGUAACCAUUCCAGCACUGGCUUUUACUCCAGCAUUGGAAAGCCCAACGUUUUUCCGCAAAGUUUUGGUCGUUUUUUUGACUGUUCCCAUAGCGGACCAGAUGGUGGAUUGGAAGAUAACUGUUUGCAGAAAGGCUCUGGAAAGCCUGAGUCCGCUUCUCAAGUCCUCCGCAGUGCUGUAGAUGUAGAGAAAGAGCAAGAGAGCGACAAAAACACAACCUCGGGUUCUUUUGAAACCUCUUCGGGGACAAAAAACGACAACCAAACCAAAUCCGCUACCCUACGAAUGAGGAAGAAGCGAUGUCCAUACACCAAGUUUCAGAUCCGAGAACUCGAGCGAGAAUUCUUCUUUAAUGUUUACAUCAACAAAGAGAAGCGGCUUCAGCUCUCCAGAAUAUUAAACCUUACUGACCGACAGGUCAAAAUUUGGUUCCAGAACAGAAGGAUGAAGGAAAAGAAGUUAAGCCGAGAUCACCUGCAAUAUUUCUCUGGAAACCCCCUAUUGUGAACUGUGAACUUUUCUUCGAGGGACAAAAUGUGACUUUUGAAAGGAAACGGAACCGAUCAUUUGGUUUUCUUAUGUGUAGCCUACUACAGUGAAUGUUUCUCCGAGAUAGACUGGUGUGCAAAUAGAAACGAACAUUUGCAUUAACUCGGAGACAAAGAAAAAGCAUGUUUCGUUAUUUUGUAGUAUAUUUCAAUGUGAUUGUAAGAUAAUACACCAAAUAGCAACAGUACUCAUUAUUAUUAUUACGUUGCUGCUGCCGGCUCUGCUUCGUCAGGAUGUUGAACAACUGCAGUAUUUAAUGUCUCUUAACACCAUUGUAUUGAUUGCGUUUCCCAAGCUAAAUAUUUGAAAAAAUAUAGGCUAACGAAAAUAAAUAAUCUCUAAUACUCGCAUAAUGUUCAAACUCGUAUGUUAAAACAGUCCAGUACAUUACAAUCAGAUAUGAAUAUGAAUGACUAAGAAUGUUGUUUUUCGAUAAUUCAAGGUAAGAAUGAUCGGAUUGUCCUAUUUAAACAAUACAUAAACAAUAAUUUGUUAUAGGCUAUUUGUUGGUAACUCUUGUGAAAAAGAAAUGCGCCUAAUUGUAUUGAAUGUGCAUUUGUACUUCAAAUAUUAAAAGUACACUUAAAAAAAAAAAAAAAAAAA